AUGCCUGAGGUGUACCGCGAGUCCCGCUACAUGCGGGAGCGGGAUACGUCUCCCUCUGACGAUGAGGGUUACAAGAGGACGACAGUGCGCCGGUACAAGGUGACGCCCGAUCGCGUCGAGCGUGUCGAGCGUGAUGUAGACGUCGUCGAGGAGGAGCGCCGCAGUCGCUAUGCCCCCAUUCGCCGCUCCAGCCGGGACGAUGUCAUCGAGGUGGACCGUCGCGUCGAUCGCCUGUACAUUCCCGAGAAGCCCCGGUCGACCUACGACCCAUCUCCCCAUAGCGCAACCUACGUUGAGCGCCAGGUCAUCGACCGUGAGCGCGAGCGGGAACCUAGAGAAGACCACUACUCGAGGGUCGACCGCGUCGAGUACCGUGGGGAUGGGCCUCGGAGCGCGGUUGUGGAGCGCGAAAGAGUCAUCGAGCGCGACGAGCGGGACCGCGAUGAUGACUACCGCCGCGGCAGCGACCGCGGGAGGGCCGUGUACGAGUCCAAGGAAGUCGAACGGGUUGAUCGCCACGACGUUUACUCGCCAAGAGAAUUUGAGCGUCGCUCGUACUGGGACGACGAGAACCAAACCGACGUGCGCGUCGAAAAGAGAGUCGAGCACCGGGAUUCACAUGGCGGCGAAAUCCGUGUAGAACGCCGGGUUGAAGAGCGCCGCGAUGAUGGCUAUCCCGCUGGAGGUGCCGAUGUUGAGCGCUGGCGCAAGGAGACCGAAUACUACGAACCCGCGCAGGCUCCCACUCCUAUCGUCAUUCGGCAGCGCGCCCCAGAGCAGAAGAUCAUCCUCCAGGAGGCCCCGCCGGCCACAGUUGUCAUCCGGGACCAGGCCCCAGAUAACCGUGAGGUCGCUCUUACCCGCCAGGAAUCGCGUGAUGGCGAAUACUAUUACCACCGCGAGUCUCGUGAAGUUGGCCCUUACCGAGGGGACCGUCGCGAGGAGGAGUAUGCGAUGGCGCGCUAUGACGACGACCGGCACCGCCAUCACCAUCACCACCACCAUCACCGUCGCCAUCAUCGGGAAGGCUACAGCGACGCCGAAUCCGACGAUGGCUACUACAUGAAGCGCACCGUCACCCGGCGGGAACGUAGCGCAUCGAGCAGCCCGCACCGCAAGCGCCAUAUCGCGGAAGGGGCCCUCGCCGGGGCCGGCAUCUCAGCGAUCCUCGCAUCUAGACGCGACUCACAUGGUGAGUAUAAGCAAAACCGCGGUCGCAAGGUUCUUGCCGGUGCAGCCAUUGGCGCCCUUGGUACCGAGGUCGCGAGGCGCGCACAUAGUGCUUACCAAGAACGCCACCCCGACGAGCACGAGAGAGAGCGUUCCCGUUCUCGCUCGCGCCCUCCUCAUUCCAGGCUCAAGACUGGUCUUGGGAUCGCUGCUGUUGCUCUCGCCGCCGCCGGCGCAGCCAAAUACUACCAGAGCAACAAGGUUGAGAAAGAGGAGAUGAACCGCGGCCGGGCCCUCCACCGCGAUAGUGACACAGACCGGUCUCCCAGCCGGAAGCGGUCCAAGAGCCGGGCCUCUUCCAUGGCCAAGGCCGGCCUGGGUACGGCCGCCGCCGUCGGGCUGGUACAGCACUACCGCCAUAAGAGCAAGUCGCGAGAUGGCAAAUCGAGGGAUGGCAAGAGCCGCUCUCGAUCGCGCCUUCGAACUGGUGCCGAGAUGCUAGCCGCCGGCAUCGCCGGCGCCGGUGCUAAGAAAUUGUAUGACCGCCGCAAGGAUAAGAAGGAAGAAGAGGAAGAGCAGGAUCGAGAACGCGAGCGGGAGCUCAGUGGCGAUGAUGAGUAUUACGGCCGUGACGCGCGCGACUACCACCGCCGUAGCAGGAGCAGAAGUUUAACUCGGUCCGGACCCACGUACCCCGACGGUGACUCUUCCGUAGCUGAUCCUGAGCUAGGCAUGGUUGAGUACGGGGCCCACCCCCUGUAUGCGGACCCCCCACAACGAAGCGAGAGGGGCCCAGCGGCAGAGGGGUAUGAGUCUGCGGCAGAGGAGAGGAGCCGCAGGCGGAGGAGGAGGCGUAGUGGGACAUCGAGAGGCGACGACGAUUACUCUGCGGAUAGUGAGACGGAGACGGACCAUGACAAAAAAACGGAGAAGAAGCGCAGCGGGAGUAGGCUGCGCGACCUUGCUGCUGGUGCUGCGGCAGCUGGCGCAGCAGCCAUUGGCUACGGUGACGAUGCUCCGCCAGACGGCUAUGACAAUUAUGGCCGCCGGGCUCCUUCCCCCCCUCACGCGUCUGGUGGUUACUACAACCCCCCACCAGUGGUUCCUCCAACCGCCCCGGCUCCAACCAACGGCUUCACACAACACCCCAAUGUUGCCACCACCAACCUCAACCAGCACUACCCACCGUACCCACCGGACUCGGCCUACACUCCAUACAGUCCGCCCGUGCCUGGACCGCCCCCGAAUUCGGCUGCACCGUUCGGCCCUUACACGCCGCCCAUGCCUGGUGCGCCCCCGGAUCCGAAUGCAGCAUACACACCAUACACCCCGCCCAUGUCGGGUCCGCCACCGAACCCGAACCCGGCUGCGGCGCCGGGACCUGUGCCUCCACCGAUGCCUCCGCCUUCAAACCCCACGGGCCCUGAACAUGUGAGUGAAGCUUUUCGUGCUGGUCGUUCCACUCUAGAGCCAGAAGCUGCCGCUCGCUCCGUUGAUGGUGACAAGAAGGAUCGUGUAAUCCCCUCGGACGCCUCCCCCCCUACAGGCUCGACAAGCUCGGAGAUGGAACCACCAGACACGCCUCGCACGUCCAAGUCUGUCAUCUUCAUCCCGUUGUCUCCCAAGUCAUCUGCUACGCUCCGCCGCCACCACGAGAGCCAAGCAAUCAAGUCCGAGACGGAAGACAUGGCAAGUGAUAGCGAUGACAACCGAAACCGUGGCAAGGGGCCGGCCGAUGGCGAGCCUGACAAGACACGCCGUCGCCGCAACUCAGAUACAUCUUCGGACCGCCCACUCCCCUCCAGCCACCGGUCGCGCGACAAGGAUGCUACCUCGGAGACCGAUGACGAGGAUGCAGUCGAGAUGCUACCAGAUCGCUUCGACGCCCACGGCCGCCCGCUCGACGGGUCCGGUUCCUCUCGCGGCGGCGGUUCGAAUUGGCACAGCCGGCGCGGGGACUUUGAGUACCGGAGUCCGCGCGGCGCCAACGGGACCAACAUGCGUGGGGAGUGGGGUGUUGCUGGUGCCGAUGCUGAAACGGUGGAACGCCUUGUGCGGGACGUUACUGGAGUGUUGGAGGGCAGGGGCAGCUGGAUGGGAUUAAUUGGCGGGAUUCUGAGUGGGAGCUUGCUGAAGGGGCCUGGUGGUGGUGAUGAUGAUGGCGAGGACGACGAUGGCAAGGGUCGAGGGAAAUCACCCGAUCAUGACCGUGAUCGUAGUCGAAGUCGUGAUCGUGACCGUGAUCGUGAUAGAAGCCGGGACGGUAAGGACGAGGACAAGCGGAGGCGAAGGAGAGACGAUGAUAGGGACGAGGAUAGACGGCGACGUAGGAAGGAUGACGACAAUGGGGAGAGCAGUAGUCGUAGGCGGAGGGAGGAUGACGAGAGGGGGGAGAGCAAGAGUCGGAGGAAGCGGGGGGAGGAUGAGAGAGGCGAGAGCAGUAGACAUGCAGAGGAUCGGCGGACUCGUGGGGGGGAGAGGGAUGGUUAUGACGACGACGAGGAUGAGCACUAUUAUGAGGAUAGGAAACGGAGAAGUCGGGGGAGGGGCGAUCGGUAUGAGAGGGGCGUGGGGAGGUCACAGACUUGGGGAUGAGGUUUGAUGGCUGAUGACUUUAUGAUUGCUCUGAUUUCUGCUCUUUUUGCAUGUUUUCUUUUCUCUACGCUAGAUAUGAUGCUUGGAUGUUUUCGGUCACAGAUGCGCUGGACUAAUAGUUCCUCUUUUUUUUUAAGAUACGAAUAUCAUGAUUUAUGUCGGUCCCG